GUGCUGAAAGCCCGUACGUACAUUUUCCAAGCGGUGAAAGGAGGCAAUCCGAAGAACGUGAUUGGAAUUAUAGAUCUCACCCAGAGCGGAACUCUUGUCAAGCUGAACGGUACCGUAUCCGGCCUGAAACCAGGUCUUCAUGGCUUCCACAUCCAUGAGAAAGGCGAUUUGGGUGAUGGUUGUGUGGCAGCGGGUGGACAUUUCAACCCACACAAAAUGAUGCAUGGAGCUCCUGAUGACUCGAACCGCCACGUCGGUGAUCUCGGCAACAUCGAAACCCCGGUAAGAGCUAUUCUUUCGAUUUUUUCUAUGGUUCUGAGAGGCUUCCUA